AUGCCAGACAGUGACCCUCGGAGUUUUAGUCGUCAAGCCAAUAUACACUGUCUCUAUUGCACCGGUGCUUAUGACCAACCACAUUCCAAUCUUUCUAUUGAUAUCCAUAGGACAUGGUUUUUCUUCCCUUGGCACCGCAUGAUGCUCCAUUUCCACGAAGGAAUAGUUGGAAGCCUCAUUGGGGAUGACGAAUUUGCUCUGCCAUUUUGGAAUUGGGACUCCCCUGAUGCAAUGACACUUCCUGGGUGGUACAUGAAUGAGCCUUGUUUCGAUGAUCAGAGUGAUUUUUCACACUUUCCACCAAAAGUUUGCGAUUUGAACUUCCUUGAAGACAAUGAUAUUGAACCUGAGGAGCAGAUUCAUUUGAACCUGGCAUUGAUGUAUAAGCAGGUUGUAUCCGGUGCAAAGAAGCCAGAGCUGUUCAUGGGAUGCCCCUAUAAGGCAGGUGAGGGAAGUGUUUGUGAUGGACCAGGCACGGUAGAGCGUGCCCCUCACAACACAAUGCAUAAAUGGGUUGGCAGCAAUUUCCAGCCUAAAAGGGAAGACAUGGGAGCAUUCUACUCAGCAGCUCGGGACCCUGCGUUCUACACACACCACGCAAAUAUAGACCGUCUUUGGGAGCUUGUGAGAAUUUAUGUUCGUGAUGUUCUCAAUACCACGAAGCUUCGGUCUGUUUAUGAGGAGGCUGAAUAUGCGUCCAAAGCCUUAUAUUCCAUCCAAAAUGGACAAGCAAGCUCUGAAACUAAGAGAAAACAAAACCAUAUAGCAAUCACCGCGUCGAAAUACAAUAGAAGAAAGCAAGAGAAAGAAGAGGAGGAAGCGUUCUUGGUUGUUCAUGGAAUUGAUGUCCAAAGUGAUGAGUAUGUUAAAUUUGAUGAGUAUAGUUAG